AUGCCCCCCCCCCCCUCCCCCCCCCCCCAGCACACACACCCCGUGCCACCCAUCCCCAGGAACGCCUCCCACACCCCAGGGAGGAGCGGCAGCGCCUGUCCCAGCACGCAGCGGGCGCGGGGGCGGUGGGUGCCGAUGGAGCCGCGGUGGCACUACCAGUUCCGGGUGAUCAUGCUGGGGGACUCCACGGUGGGCAAAUCCUCGCUGCUGCGGCGUUACACCGAGGGCGUCUUCCUGGACGCCGUCAAUCAGACGGUGGGGGUGGAUUUCUACGUCCAGUUCGUGGAGCUGGAGCCGGGGCUGCACGUCAAGCUGCAGUUCUGGGACACGGCCGGGCAGGAGCGCUUCAGGUCUGUCACCCGCUCCUAUUACCGCAACUCGGCGGGGGGAAUGCUGCUCUUCGACCUCACCAACCGCGCGUCCUUCGACAACGUCCAGCGGUGGCACCGGGAGGUGACGGACACGGUCCAACCUUUCCACGUGGUUUUCUUGCUGGUGGGACACAAGAGCGACCUGGCGGCCGAGCGCAAGGUGGGCAGGAGGGAGGCGGAGCGGCUGGCGGCCUCGCUGGGGGCACAGUACGUCGAGACCUCGGCCAAGGACGGCAGCGACGUGGCACGGGCGUUCCAGAUGCUGACCCUGGCCAUUUACCGGGCGUUGCAGAGCGGGCUCCUGGCGCCCUGCGAGGCGUGGGACGGGGUGAAGAGCAGCGUCCCGCUGCCGGCACCGUGCCCGAAGAAGGAGGAGAAGCGGAAGAGGGAGCCAGCAGAACAGCCUCCCUCCUCACCACAUCCAGCAGCACCUGCAGCUUCUCUGAUGUGCACCAGCUGGGGCAGAACAGGCACUACUGGGAUGUGGCCCUUCCUCAUGUCCCAGGUCUGUCAAGUCCAUUUGAAUCUCAGCGUCCCAGUCAGAGCCGGAGGAAAAGGAAGAGUCUGCACUGCCCUGCUCAGCCCCCCAGGCUGCAAGGGCUGUGUGACAAAGCAGAACAGCAGCACCAGGGGAGGGAACAAAGCCCACCCAAGCUCCAGGGGGAAAGCUGCAAUACCACCCAUGUGCUCCUGCAGGGCACCUCCUUCCCUGGCUCUGGCCUUAUGCCUCAAAAGCAAUCACCUAAUUCAUUUAAAGUUAAGGGGGAAAAAAAACCAGCUGCCCAGCUGCAGUCACAGCUGAAAUCACAGACAACUGCAUGCUCUCUGCUGCAGCUCUUUAACUUCUUGUGGUGGCAGGCAGCUGAGACCUGUGACACAAAGACAUGGCAGAUGCCCUGUGCUGCUCACAGUGUACCUGAGUGCAGCCUUGGCCUGCAGGUACAAAACAGCCCAAGGAAGCUGAGCCAAACCCUGCCAAAAAGCACUGAUUCCUGUGUGUGACACCACAUCCAGCCACUGUGACUUUGUACCAGGCAGCACAGGUCUGCAAAUGCAGGGUGGCAGUUCUGGUUACUCGUGCAUAUGCUGCAUCCCAGACAGAUCCAGCCACAAGACUUAGCCCAGGCAGUCCCUCAGGGUAUCUCAGUUGUGUUCCUGCCUCUUCCAGCAUUCUGGGAAGAAAACCCCAAGCCUGGCCUUGAUUUCUAACUGCAGGAGAAGCAUCAGGCCAGGAGAGGCAAGGCAAGUGCUGUUCUCAGCAUUGUGCUCAUUUGUGGCCUUUGCAGACCUACAAUUAUUCCUACAGCACCUGGUGGGAAGGCAGGGCCAACCCAAGGCAGCUCAGGUGCAUGCAAUGCACCUGAGUGACUGGAAAAGGUGGAGCCAGGAUCCACCCCUUCCCAGACCUCAUUUAAGGAUUGGCAGUGGAGAUAAGGGUAUCUUGCUGGAGAUCCCCACGCACCUGAGGCCUUCUGAAGGUAAGCAGCUUCUCUCCUUUGUUUCUGUGCCCAUGGCUGUUACAUUUGCUGUAGCCUAGGAGUUUGUUACUUGGCUGUCAUUGCUGUCCUUUCCAUUGUGUUACAACAACCGAAAAUGCUCUCAGCUGCUUUUUAACCCUUCCCACCUGGGCUGCCACCACACUCAAUCCUCUCUGCACAAACUGGUGAGGAGACUCCAGAAAUUACUUCAAGUCCAAACCACUUGGAAGAGGCGACAGCGUCACCAGUGCCAGCACCAGAGAGCACCUUACCCGUAUCAGGCUUCUACCGUGUGAUUCUCAGCGUGUUCCUGAGGGUUCCUUACCUGUUUGUGAGCUUC